AUGUCGUUGGCACCAUACUAUUAUAGACCUUUGACCCCUCCAGAGGGUGGUGUUGCUGCUGGUCGGCACGGUCAUGCUCGGAAUCUGUCAAGCUCGUCCUACUGCACAGUUGACACUUCCCCCGAGUCAGUAAUCACUGUUAAUUCAACCCCAAAUCGAUCUCCAGUUCUUCGUCAGCAUGGCCCAACGUUGCUGCCGAAGAUCAGGACCCAGGAUUCCAGCACGGAUCCUCGACUGGCACAUCGCCCAGCACCCCACAAGCGAACAUUUUCAACAAACCAAGUCAAGUAUGGUCGACCCCCGAUGCAUCGCAGUGCUACUGAGCCUGCCGAGUGUAUACCCUUGAUCUCCCCAGUGUCGAAUGCUCCAUAUUCUCGGUCCAACUCCCUCAUUCCAUCACCAACUUUCUCCAAGGCUCAGUUGCAGGUUCCAACCAAGAGUCAUUCUCGCUCAACAUCUGCCUCGAGUAUCGACAGCAGUGUCCUCAACCGUUUCGGCUAUCCCACCUAUCGACAAAUGCCAGUCUACGUUUCACAGGCUCAACAUACCCCUUCGCCUGACCUGUUUGCCACCACCUACAUGCCAUACACCAACAUGCCAAUGCUCGACCCUCCAAUCAUCAACCUAGAGGGUACAUUCGAUAUGCCAAUCGACCUAGAUUCGAUAUCUCGCCCGUCAUCCAUGAGCCCCCCGCCCAUGAUUGCUCCCCUAUCAACAACUAGCAUGCUCAGCUAUUUGACCCAACCUACCCAGCCAGUCAAUCUGGUCCGACAUCUGACCUUUCAGACUGGUCGUGGCAUGACCAACCAUUUCUGGUGGGAUGUCCGUAACGUACGCAACUGGAAAACCUUCUCGCUAGCCACCAUGUCGACCAUUCCAGAUCUUCUCACCUUGCUGAACUUCCAACAUGACACAGCUUGUCUUCCUCUGAUUAAUCCAAAUACCUCGACAGUGACACCCAGCUCCGAGGUCGACCUUGCCAACCUAAUUUCCAAGAUCUACUUCCCCAAAGUCAACGCUGCGACCAGACUCUCACUCGGAAACAAUGCCAUUUCAUUGUAUCCAGCCCCGACACCCACCGGGUCAGGAGUAAGCUCAAACGCGUCCAACAUUCCGACCUUCUUGGCCAACUACCCCAGUGACAACGAUCGCACACUAUCCGGAUUGCCGCGUGGACGCGUCGUUGGAAUCGUCCGAUCAUUCGACCGCUGGAACACAGGCAUGUACCGUGAAGGACCUGCACGCAAAGUCGAAUACCUACGCACGCUGGCUCAUCUGCAGAAAUGCAUGCGUGACCACAGCUGCCGCUAUGGAUUUAUCAUCACCGAGAUCGAGCUCGUCUGUGUUCGUGCCGGUUGCGACGACCGAGGCAACCCGUACUUCGGAUUCCUGGAAGUCGCGGAAGCGGUCGAGACCAAGACCUUCACGCGCAGAGACGACCUCGCCACCGGUCGCGUCGAAGGCGAAGUCUCCAUGACCGUGACACUGGCUCUCUACUAUCUCCUCAUGCUGGCCAAGUCAACCCCGCUGCCCGGCCAACCUGCAAGCUUCAUGGACGUGGGGGGAGCAGGUGCCCUGUCGAGAUCCCGAGUCUGGGAUGGAAGCAGUGGCACCGGACUCAAUCCCAUCAGCAUCGACGAUGACGACGAUGUCGAGGAAUUGGGUAAGGAUGGCAAGGACAAGUGGAUCCCCGAGCCGCAAAUGGGCGAGAAGCGUGAGGCGAGGACCGUUCGCGGCUGGGUGUGGCCCAGUGAUCCGUGGCAUAAGCGUGAAGGUGAACGGGGCGAGCGAGGAGGUGCUGGACGCGGUGGUAGGCGGUGA